AUGGGCGAGGGAUGCCAGAUGAUGGACGACUUUGGCAAGGAGGUCCAGCUUGCCCUCAUGGCUGUGGCUUUUGCCACCCUCUUUGUCAAGUGGCGGCGGGAGGAGCACCGACGGAGCACCAAGAUCUGGCUGUUUGACACAGGCAAGCAGGGCAUCACCUCGAUCUCGUGGCACUUUCUCAACGUCUUUGUCGCAUGGCUCUACACCUCGCACGAUGCCUGCCUCGGCUACUUUAUCCUCAUCUUUCUCGACGCCACCCUUGGUGUUGCCCUCUGCUGGGCCUUUCUCACCGCGUUUGAGCGCUUCUUCAUCGACGCACACAUUGUCGGCCAAUUCUCGCCGUACGAGUACCUGCGCUCCGGCAAGUACGGCCGCCCGCCGUCGGCCAAGGCCUGGGCCAUGCAGCUCGGCGUCUGGCAGGUCAUCGUCGUCCUUGUCAAGCUCAUCAUGGGCCUGCUUAUGUAUCCGGUGGCAGGCAUUCUCGAGGCCAUCGCACGCUUCUUCCUCACGCCCUUUCUCAACCACCCACACACCGAGCUCAUUGUCGUCAUGCUCGUUGCCCCACUCUUCCUCAACAUCAUCACUUUUUGGAUCUCGGACAACAUUCUCAAGUCCGACGCGCCACAGGAGCGUGCGACUGAGACAGAGCUCAAUGUCCUGCUCAACCCUUGGGCCGCCUCUGACGAUGACGACGCCGACCUUGGUCGCCCGCUCAGCUCGCUCUCGAUCUCGCGAACCUCGACUGCAGUCUCGAACUCGUCUGCUAAUCCGUUUGUGCUCGAACUCUCCUCGCUCGACGACGACGACUUUGCCGAGCCGGUCGUCAUGGUCAACCCGUUUUCGACCGUCGACACUCGCUGA